AUGUCUGGCGCUACCGUCCACGUUUCGGGCAUUGCCCCUACCACCACCGAGAAGGAGGUCCGCGACUUCUUCAGCUUCUGUGGCAAGAUCACGUCUCUGUCCAUCACCCCCAGCUCUGCUGAGGCUGGUGCUCCUCAGACCGCCAGUGUCACCUUCGAGAAGGAUGCUGCCGCAAAGACUGCCCUCCUCCUCGACCAGACCCAACUCGGCAGCUCCUCUGUGCAUGUCGAAGCCGCGUCGCAGCUCGACGACAUCGCCGGCGCCCAAGCCACCAAUGAGAAGGCCAACGAGGACGAGCACGAGAUCCCUCAGGAGGACAAGCCUCGGUCCCGCAUCGCUGCUGAGUACCUUGCUCACGGCUACGUCCUGAGCGAUAAUGCCCUCAAGAAGGCCAUCGAGCUGGACCAGAAGCACGGUAUCUCAACUCGCUUCACCGACGCACUCUCCAAGUUUGAUGCCAAGUACAAUGCUACUGAGCGUGCCAAGAGCCUGGACCAGAGCUACCAAAUUUCCAACAAGGCUGGUGGCGCCUGGGCUGGCCUGAGCCACUACUUCGAGAAGGCUCUUGAGCACCCCACCGGCCAGAAGCUGCGUGACUUCUACAUCCAGACCGACAAGCAAGUUCGUGAUAUCCACAACGAGGCUCGUCGUCUGGCCGAUCUGAAGAGCGGCAAGACGGAGAGUGACUCUGCGGCUCCAGCUCCCUCGACUGCUGCUACGGUUGUCCCUCCUGCUGAUGCUGCUGGUGCGGCUGCUCCCCACUGA